AUGGGGUCCCUCCCGCUUGUUUUCCUGCAGCGCUCCUCCCUGCUCUUCUACGGGAGGAAACAAAUUCAGGCAUUUGAAACACUGCGGGUCGAUCUCGUGAGCUGUGGGAAGGAGCACUCCCUGGCCGUCUGCCACAAAGGAAGGGUCUUUGCGUGGGGAGCUGGUUCAGAAGGACAGCUGGGGAUUGGAGAAUUUAAGGAAAGAAGUUUCACGCCUCAGAAAAUAAAAGCUCUAGCUGGCAUAAAAAUAAUACAAGUUUCCUGUGGAUACUACCACUCCCUGGCAUUAUCAGAAGAUGGCCAAGUGUUUUCGUGGGGCAAGAACAGCCAUGGGCAACUGGGACUGGGGAAGGAGGUCCCCUCCCAGACCAGCCCGCAGAGGGUGAGGUCCCUGGAGGGCAUCCCGCUGGCCCAGGUGGCUGCAGGAGGCGCUCACAGCUUUGCCCUGUCUCUCUCUGGGACCUCGUUUGGCUGGGGGAGCAACAGUGCAGGGCAGCUGGCCCUCAGCGGGACCAAAGCCCCAGUGCAACGCUAUAAGCCUCUUUCGGUCGGUGCACUGAAGACCCUAGGUGUGGUUUACAUCAGCUGCGGUUCUGAGCACACUGCGGUGCUCACCCAGAAUGGGGCUGUGUACACAUUUGGAGCCAAUAGCUCUGGACAGCUGGGACACAGUGCUGAGCAGAGAGGCCCACAGUGUGUAGAAAGAAUUGAUGGCCUAGUUUCGCAGAUUGAUUGUGGAAGCUAUCACACCCUUGCGUAUGUCUAUACCACUGGUCAGGUGGUGUCUUUUGGUCACGGACCAAGUUGCACAAGCAACUCUACUCAUUCGGAGACCGUGACGGACAACGCUGACAUUAGCUGCCUGAUUUCUGCCGAUGACCUUGUGGACAUUCAAGUCAAACAUAUUUUUGCUGGGACACAUGCCAACUUUGUUACAACUUACCAGGGUACUAGUCCCACCGGCGUAUCCAGAAAAACCCUGCCAGAAAUAAGCCGAAUUCACCCGUCCAUGACAGAGAAGUGGUUAGGGAUGAAGAGAGGAAGUGCUGAAUACGAAGAGGCGAAAAGUGAAAUUAAAAGAAUCUUUUCAUCUCCCGCUUGUCUGACUGCGAGUUUUUUAAAGGAGCGAGGAGUUGGAGAAAUGACUUCCAUUGACGUGGACCUACAAAGGGCAAGAGAUACCUUUGAGAAGUUAACAAAAAAUGAAUGGAUCUCUUUCAUGAUAACUGAGAGUCUUGAGGAUGGUCUGCUCAAAGCCCUUCCAUGCCGUUCUCCACACCAGGAAGCACUAUCCGUUUUCCUUCUGCUCCCAGAAUGUCCUGUGAUGAGUGACUGCAAGAACUGGAAGAAGCUGGUGGUUCCGUUUGCGGAGGCCAUUUGUAAAAUGAGUGACCAAUCUUUACGAGUCCUGAAAAAGUGUUGGGAAUCUUUGCAAGAAUCUUCUCUGAACACACUGGUCCAGAUGCUUAAAGCAGCCAUUGCCUUUCAGAUGCUUUAUUGGACUGAAACUGAGGAAAGUCACUGUAAUGUUAAAGCUCUUCUAGGAGUGAUGAAAAAAGUACAUAAGGUAAACACUGUUACCCGUCGACUACCGGAAAAUGCUUUCAACAUAAAUGAACUCUCCAACUUCUUGAACUUUUACAUGGAUAGAAGAAGACUAUUUGUUCGGAAUAACAACCUGGCACCUGCAGCUGAUCCCAGCCCUGUUAUUUUUAGUGAUUUUCCAUUUAUCUUUAACACGCUAUCCAAAAUUAAAUUACUGCAGGCUGAUUCACAGGUAAAAAUGCAGAUAUCACAGGAGAAAGCCUACUUCGAUCUGGGGCAAACGAUUCUACAGAGGAUGGAAACAUGCCCUCCACCACCCACAUUUACCCUAAACGUCAGACGAAGUCACCUGGUGGAAGAUGCUUUGCGUCAGUUAAGCCAAGCUGAAGCCAGUGACCUUUACAAAAUAUUAGUGGUUGGGUUCAUUAAUGAAAUUCGUCCAGAGAGUGGAGGGGUCAGUUCAGAGUUCUUCCACUGUGUGUUCGAAGAGAUGACCAAGCCAGAAUAUGGGCUGUUCAUGUAUCCUGAAGAAGGUUCCUGCAUGUGGUUUCCUGUCAGUCCUAAAUUUGAGAAGAAGAGAUAUUUCCUCUUUGGAAUGCUCUGUGGACUCUCCUUAUUCAAUUUCAAUGUUGCCAACCUUCCUUUCCCACUGGCUCUGUAUAAGAAACUUCUGGACCAACAGCCAUCAUUGGAAGAUUUAAAAGAACUCAGUCCUCUUUUGGGGAAGAAUUUGCAAGAAGUUCUAAAUGAUGAAGAGGACGGCCUUGUAGAAGAACUUGACAUAUAUUUUUCGAUACAUUGGGAUAAAAAUGAUGUUGAUUUAAUUCCAAAUGGGCUCUCUAUACCUGUGGACCAAAACAACAAGAGAGACUAUGUUUCAAAGUGCCUUGAUUACAUCUUCAACAUCUCAGUAAAAGAAGUCUAUGAGGAAUUUCAGAGGGGAUUUUACAGAGUCUGUGACAAGAGCAUACUUAGACAUUUCCAGCCAGAAGAACUAAUGACAGCAAUGAAUGGAAAUACUGAUUAUGACUGGGAACAAUUUGAAAAGAAUUCAGUGUAUGAACAGGAGUACCACAGGUCACACCCUACUAUCCUGAUGUUUUGGAAAGCUUUCCACAAACUCAAAUUGGAUGAAAAGAAAAAAUUCCUUUUGUUUCUUACAGGACGUGAUAGGCUGCAUGUAAGAGGCAUACAGGAAAUGGGGAUAGUAUUUCGUUGUCCUGAAAUUUUCAGCGAAAGAGAUUCCCCAAGAUCAGUGACGUGUUUUAAUAUUCUGGAUCUCCCUAAAUAUUCUACAAUGAAAAAAAUGGAGGAAGCACUUCAAGUGGCCAUCAACAGCAGCAGAGGAUUUGUCUCACACUGACUCCCACUGCCAUAACCACCCAUGAGACUCAGGGGGCCUCAGGAGCGUGGCCUGUUCCCCUCACAUUCUUCUUCCCCACCUCUGCUUAGUACAAGAGGUUUAUGGAUCUUGGUUAGGAUUAGUUGAUAUGGGGGAGGUGGGGAAUGGAGAGAGAAUGGUCACAGGGUACAAAACCUCAGGAAUUUUUUUUUUUUGAAUUCCAUUGCAUAGCAUGGUGACUGUAAUUAAUAAUAGAAUAUAUUGUACUUUCGGGGCCGGCAGGUGGUGUGGUGGUCAAAGACGCUUGCCUCACACUGGGCUGACUGCAGUUCAAGUCCUGGACCUGGUGGCUUGCUUUCUCACUUUCUCUCUCUCUGUCUGAUCAAACUGGAAAAUAAUAGUAAUAAAUAAAGUUAAAUAAUAUAAUUCUUUAAAAAAAGAGAAAAAAGAACAUGUUGUACUUUCAAAAUUGCUGAGAGUAAAUUUCAAAUGUUCUUGCCACAAAAACUUUACCUAUUUGGGAUGAUGGAUAUGUUAACUAGUUUGAUUUAAUUAUUCCACAUGUGGGGAACCAGCAGUUAGCGUAAUGGCUAUGUCACUGGACUCCCACGUAGUAGACCGCGGUUCGCGUCCUGGACCUGGUGGCA